GCCUAUCAGUUAAAGCCAUGUCCUUGAUGGUGACUGAGGACCCAGUGUUGAGCUAAGGCUGUCGUGCUGGGAGACCGCAUGGUCAGCACGGCCAUAGCAGGUCGUACAGCUUGCCCAGAAGUGCUGAGAACACCACUUACGGCAAAUAGCAGGGCAUAUCUGCUGGACAGACCUAACUGUUCCCAGCACGUGUGCUACUACAUAGGCGAAUUGGCGAAGACGCUCAGAGUCACAUUUGCGCGACCCGUCAACCUUACGCGCUACCUGGCAGCCAGCAAUGUCUGCACAGUGUGGUGCUUCCAAACAUGUGGAUCUAGGGAGGAAUAGCACUCUUUCGCGGCCCGAGGGUCGCAUGGCUCGCCCAAUCAUGGUCUCGUCCAAUGGGCAACAGCAGCGGAGGCAGCUUUUAUGUUUCAUCUACAGCAAAGUUUCAUGCGCCUCAAGAUUUGAUGCGUCGCGGGCCAGGUUCGCUGCUAUCGUCGCGCAAUCCGUCGUGGCGAGCGGGACAACUGCGUUGCUAGGCCGGGAGCUGUCUGCCGAGGAAGCAACCCUCUGGCAGUCCAGCUGCAACACCCUGGCUGAGGCCCUGGGGGCCAGCAGCGAGGAGGCGGCGAGGCUGCUGGCUCGGGGCUUCGGCUGGUCCUCCCAGGCCUACUGGCGGCAGGACAAGGUCCAGGAGCUCCCGCAGCCGCACCAGGUGGCUGCAGUUCUGUCCUUCCUGCGCUGCGAGCUGCCCGGGGUGACGGGUGAGGAGGUGGGGGUGGUGGUGCGGGGCUGUCCGGAGCUGCUGGCGUGUGAAGUGGAGGGACGGCUGCGGGAGAAUCUGGGGGUGCUCCGAACCCAGUGGAGGCUGCAGGGUCCCACGCUGACUAAGGCAGUUGUACGGCAGCCCCGUGUGCUGGGCUACUCGGUGGAUUGCGGCGGGGACUGCGUGGGCGAGUGCAACCGCUGCUGGGCUCGCUUUUGACGGUGGUGAUGGAUGGACCUGACGGUGUGAUACUAACUGAUGAUACUGAUUAUGAGGCAUUGCAGCUUCGGACAGUUAGAAAGAGGAAGCAACAUAAUGAGAGGAAAAGGAGAGAAGAGUAUGUAUCUAGAGGGGAGAGACGAGGGAGAGGGAGAUAGAGAGGAAAAGAGGGAGCGAGGCGGUAAGUGCGACAAAAAGGUCUGCAACGACCGAGUGAUGAUACCGGCCUGCCAGGGAGGAAGGGAAUGCCAUUAGACGUGAAACAAUAUAUCAUUGCAGCAAUGGUAGUAAAUGCGCAGUGCUGUUUACUUUAUUACCACAUCAGGGGCAGCAGGCAGGGUUGGGCACAGAACUGACACUUGCGAUUUGGGAAACGCGGCUCACAGGUCGUCCAUUCGUUGGGAGGUACCGAUACUUAAUGUUGAGUAGUUAUUUAUUCAAAAUUUGUCUUGAUCGCGGGAUGCCCUCCAACUUCGUACGACAAGUAAGGACGCUGUGCUACGCAUGUGUCUGUUGCAGCUGUGUCAAGGGUUAGUUGCUGGGGUUGUGUGCACUGCGGCAUGUUCCAUGUCGAGGUGGUCCCCUAUCUAGGUUGAUGUGCAGUACGCCCAAAAAGCUGAGCCUGCUGGAUUUACAGCCCUGGCGCAAUACAGCGGUUCACAGCAGGCCGCUACACAGCGGUGAGAGCCAACACGCCACGCCGUGCACACCGCGAUACCGGGCCCCAGACCAUGCACCUUCCUUACAGCAAAAGGCAAUAGGGCGCAUGGUGUAGCAUGGACACACUCGGGGUUGAGUUCUGAACAUCAGCUGCUACAGGUAGCCGUUAACCCACGACAGCUUGAGCAAUUAUACAGAGAGAUAGACAUACAUCACCGACCGGUCAAACCACGCAAGUGUUGACAUGCGGGGUCAAUGCGGGGUAGGUACCGGUGGCGGCCUGGCGGGCGACCAAACUCCCUCAUCAUCCUUACUUGCCUCAUUCGUGCACGUGUUUGUUGUUUUGCAACACAAGGUGAUAACCUCCAACUGCCAACAUGCGGCUCGACAUGUUUAAUGACCGACAAGACGAGCAAUAACAAAG